GUUUUGUGCUUCUCUCCAUCUUUUUCUCAUAUUUUCUACUCAAAUGCUUAUCCUUUAAAUUCUUCCCCUUCUUAAUUUAAUUAAUUAACUAGGGUUCUUUCUAGUAAUUAUUUUCUACUCUUAAUGUUUAUGAAAAGAAAAGAAAAAAAAACAAUUUGAUCUUGUGCAAGAUAUAGAGAAAUGGGUGAUUCUUCUUCUCAAUACAUCCACAUGGUGCAACAUUUGAUAGAAGAAUGUAUAAUAUUCAACAUGAGCCAAGAAGAAUGCAUGGAUGCACUCUCCAAACAUGCAAAUAUCCAGCCUAUUAUCACUUCCACAGUGUGGAAGGGAUUGGAGAAAGAAAACAAAGAGUUCUUUGAGGCAUACAACAAAAAAAGGGGAGAAGCAAAAAUAUCAUCAUCAAUACAUGAUGAAUUGGAGAUGACAAGACAAAGAAUCCAUAAUAUAAUGUUGGAUUCUUCUUCUAAUAAAGAUUCCAAUGACAAAUGAUCACAACAAUUAUAUUAUAUUAUUAGUAUUAGCAAAUUUUGCCUU